AUGAAUUUCAAGAAAAAUCUAAUCUUGUUUCUCCCAUGUCUUAUAACUAAUAGUUCAUUGACCAAAAAUAACGAUCGUAAAAGAAAAAAUUAUUCACAAGAGAUGAAUAACAAGGCUGAUGAAGUGUUAACUUUAGUUGGAGAGAAACUUAAGUUUUCAAAUCCUGAAGAUACCCAUGAUGUUACUGGUAAAAAUAUUGCAGGAAAAUUACGAACUUUAGACCCCAUGAUGAGGAUUUAUGCAGAAAAAAUAAUCAAUGACGCCUUGUUCGAAUCCCAGUUGGGCACCUUAAAUAAAUAUGCACGUAUUGAAAUUCCGCAAAUACCAGAUCAAAACGCUCCAAAAUCAGCAGUCAAUUACAACUCAAUUACGAGUGAAAAAAACACUCACUCAACUAAACGCUAG